UUUUAGUUGUUUUAUAACUUCAGGGAAACUACUGUCCUUUCCUCUUGUAGAACCAACAAUGUCGCCCGGUUCAGUGACAGUCCACGCCCUCGACGCCGGGCACCUCACCCUCCCCGAGGCCUUCUUCGUAACACCGCUCGAGAACCCAACCAGAAAGACCGUUCCAUCCCUCUCAUUUCUAAUCCAACACACUGACCAGCAAACAUCCAAAACAACACGCAUCCUGUUCGACCUCGGCAUCCGCAAAGUCCUCACUGACUACGCCGAACCGAUAUACAAACAUGCCAUGACCCGACAACCGCUCUCUGGCGUCCCUGACACAGUUGAAUCCCUAGCAGUAGGGGGCGUAUCACCAAACGAGAUUGACCUCGUCAUUCUGAGCCAUCUCCACUGGGACCACAUCGGGACGCCCGGCGAUUACCCGCAGUCUUCCUUCAUUAUCGGUCCUGGCGCAGCAAGUCUGAUUAACGGAGAGAAGCAAGUCCGGAAUGGAAGCCAUAGCCACUUCGAGCAGGGACUGCUAGAUACCUCGCGCACAAUCGAGUUACAUGAUCCAGCCAUGCAGGUACCCACAGCCGAGAGUACGGAGUCUCUACACCCCAAGACAGGGGAGUACGCAAAGAACCUAUUCUCCAAACCCUGGGAGCCACUCGGGGCAUUUCCGCACGCGAUGGACGUAUUCAACGACGGGAGCGUCUAUGUUAUCUCCGCCCCAGGACACCUGGACGGGCACAUAAACCUACUCUGUCGAAAGGCGGACGGGAGAUAUGUCUACCUUGCUGGCGAUGCUUGUCAUGAUGGACGGCUGCUGAGUGGGGAGAAGGCGAUCGCGAUGUGGAGUGACCCUGUGUAUACGGGUAUUGUGUGCUGUAUCCAUGCGGACAAGAAGGCGGCGGAGCGAACACUGGAACGGAUUAGGGAGACGAUGGGGGGGUCCACGGAAUUGGGAGAGGUUGAGGUUGUUUUUGCGCAUGAUGAUGUGUGGGCUGGGCGGGCGAGACGUGAUGGAAGAUAUUUUCCGGGGGAGCUGUAGCAUUACAAGCAUCAUAACAGUCUUUCAAUGAGUGUGUAGGAUGGAGAUUGUAGGGAAAUGUUUCCCUACAAUCUUGGGCGGCGCAGGUUUCUGUAUUGGGAAUUGAGGAAUUACCCGAUUGGGAAGGGUGCGGCGGACUCUUCUAUACAGACAUUUAAAAUAAAUAACUGGCUUCAGACCCUAGUGACAGCUGCAUCAUUUUGUUUUUUAC